AUUUAAUUACAAAAAUAACCUAUAAACCCUAAAACCCUCUCUCCUCUUUUGUCAAAUUUCUCCCCCUUUCAGUCUCCAAGCUCUCGGCGAAACUCACGCGUUAAUCUUUGCAGAACAGAAAAAAAUGAUAAAGAGACGAUUUUACAAGCUUGAGCAUGGUGAUAAAGACAGUGGAUCCGACUCAUCUUGCUUCUCUUCAGACUCUGACCCUGAGUCAGAAGAAUCUGAAGAAUCCGAAUCCGAAACCGCCGUUGCAGAAGCUUCCGAUGACGAUGAUUCUCUCUCAGAGCGUGAAGGAGAAGAUGAACCCCCAGAACCACCGGAAGAGGAAGAAGAGAACUAUAUUCUCGGCUGUAUGAUUAAAUGCAAAUCGGUUUACAGAUGCAGAUACUGUCCAAAAGUCAUUUGUUUGAAUGAGAAAUCAAUGCAAGAACAUAUUUUAUCAAAGAAACAUGUUCGUCUUGAAAAACUACUGAAAGAAGAAAAGCUCAGUAGCGAUGAUGAUGAAGAAGUCGAUGAUCCAGAGACGCUAUCUCAGGAGAAGCAGAGUAAUGGAAACAGAAGAUCACGAAGACAGGGAAAGCUCAGACGCUAUGACAAAGAAGAGGAUAACGCAGAGACUCCAUCUCAGGAGAAGGAGAGCAAAGGAAACAGAAGAUCACGACGGCAGGGAAAGAGAUCACAGAAAGAAGGAAAGGUCAGAACUGAUGACAAAGAAGUGAAUAACUCAGAGACGCCAUCUCAGGAGAAGCAGGUGAAGGGAAACCGAAAAGCACGAAGACAGGGUAUGAGAUCACAAAAACAGGAAAAGGGUUCAUCGACCACAGAUGCGACGCAAAAAUCUAGAAAGAAACAGCGUCAAAUGAUGAUUGCUUUCUGCUUGAUUUCUCCGGUGAGAUCAAGCGACGUUGAAGCUCUGCUGAGUUUGAAAUCAUCCAUUGAUCCAUCAAACUCGAUUCCAUGGCGGCGAGGAGAAGAUCUCUGCAACUGGGAAGGAGUUAAAGGUUGCAUUAAUGGAAGAAGAGUCUCAAAGCUUGUUCUUGAGAACUUGAACCUCACUGGCUCACUAGACGAGAAGAGCUUAAACCAAUUAGACCAGCUUAGAGUUCUUAGCUUCAAAGGAAACUCUCUCUCUGCUUCAGUCCCAAAUCUCUCCGGCUUGGUCAAUCUCAAAUCGAUUUUUCUCAAUGAAAACAACUUCUCCGGCGAGUUCCCUGAAUCACUGACGUCUCUCCACCGGUUAAAAACCGUUGUCCUCGCCGGAAACCGGUUUUCCGGUCCGAUCCCUGGCUCGUUGAGCCGUCUCUCCCGCCUUUACACGCUCUACCUUCAGGACAAUCUCUUCUCCGGCUCUGUUCCUCCUCUCAACCAAACAACUCUGAGAUUCUUCAAUGUCUCGAAUAAUCAUCUCUCUGGCCAAAUCCCACCGACGCGAGCUCUGAAUCGGUUCAACGAGUCGUCUUUCACCGGAAACACUGCUCUCUGCGGCGAGCAAAUCCAAAACUCAUGCAGAAAAAGGAAUAACACAACCGCAAUCUCUUCAAAGCCGUCGGCGAUUCCAGCGAUGCCUAUGGCCAAAAGGAAGAACAGAGCGAACGUCAUCGGAAUCAUUUCCGGGAGCAUCGGUGGCGGAGUUGUGAUACUUCUGCUGACAUUGCUUCUCAUAUUCGUAGUUAAAAAAGGGAGACGAAAACAUUCCAAGAGAGAACAGAGGAGAAGUAAGGCAGAGUCAGAAGGAGCAACGGUGGCCGAAACAGAGGAAGCCACUAGUGACCGGAGAAACAAAAGGUUCUCAUGGGAGAGAGGAAGCGAAGAAGAAUCAGUGGGGACUCUGGUUUUCUUGGGGAGAGGUGAAUCAGACAUCACGGCGGUGAGAUACACCAUGGAUGAUCUACUCAAAGCUUCAGCGGAAACGCUGGGAAGAGGAACCUUAGGGAGCACUUACAAGGCCGUGAUGGAGUCUGGAUUCAUCGUCACCGUUAAGAGGCUCAAGGACUCAGGUUUUCCUCGAAUGGAAGAGUUCAAGAGACACAUUGAGAUUCUUGGAAGGCUCAAGCACAGUAACCUUGUCCCUCUCAGAGCCUAUUUCCAAGCUAAAGAAGAAUGCUUGCUCGUCUAUGAUUACUUCCCUAAUGGAAGUCUCUUCUCUCUUAUCCAUGGAAGUAAGGUUUCAGGGAGUGGGAAGCCUCUUCACUGGACAUCAUGUCUGAAAAUAGCAGAGGAUUUAGCAAUGGGUCUUGUCUACAUUCAUCAGAAUCCAAGCUUAACUCACGGGAACUUGAAAUCAUCCAAUGUUUUGUUAGGUCCUGAUUUCGAGUCCUGUAUCACGGACUACGGUCUCGUGGAUCUUCAAGAUCCUGACUCGGUUCAAGACACAAGUGCACCAUCCUCUCUCUUUUACAAAGCUCCCGAGUGCAGAGACUCGCGCAAGUCCUCGACACAACCCGCUGAUGUCUACAGCUUCGGUGUCCUCCUUCUCGAGCUUCUCACAGGCAGAACAUCGUUCCAGGACCUUGUUCAUGAACAUGGCUCUGAUAUCUCCAGAUGGGUGCGUACGGUGAGAGAGGCGGAGACCGAAUCAGGAGAGGAGCUGAGUUCUUCUGAGGAGAAACUUGAAGCUCUUUUGAGCAUCGCGACGGCUUGCGUAGCGGUUCAGCCUGAAGACCGGCCUGUGAUGAGAGAGGUGUUGAAGAUGGUGAAGGAUGCAAGAGCUGAAGCAGCUGUGUUCUCGUCUUUUAGCAUCAGCAGCGAUCAUUCUCCUGGGAGAUGGUCAGAUACAGUUCAGAAAACUCGACUCGUUCAUCAAACUCACGAGUUCGAUAGAGAUUGGCUUAUCGAUGGCGAUAGGGAUCAGAUACAAUACAAGUCACCGUAUAUUAGAUUCUCGAGAAGAUACAAGUCCAUUCUUACAGGGAUAUGUUCAUACAUUAACUGUAAUUUCUUGGACCUGAAGAAACACGAGGCCAUGUCUGUUUCACCAGAGGUUGAGAGGAUAAGAGUAGGGAUAGAUGUUAUUGUCCGUAGGUUUCCCGGUGACGUUGAAGCUUGCGGUGCCUCCGGCAAUCAA